AUGUCUCUCUGCUGGAGAAAAUGUGUCAUUGACCGAUCAGACCCGCAUCGUCCUCGCGAUUAUGGAGUGAACAGCGCGUGGAGGCCAACCAACCUGGUCAAACGGUUACCGGCUAGUCUUGAACACCUGAAGGUCAAGGGAUACGUCUUCAGGUGGGGCGUCGACCUUGACGGCCUGGUCGACGACCUUUUAGGCACCACGGGCACCGUAGGUACUCAGGCCCAACACAGCGCCCAAGGGAGGGGCAAGGGCAACCUGACAUCGCUAAGGCGGCUUAAACUGGUGACCACGCCGCAGGACCAUUGUCGGCCCUUCGACAAGGAUGCCCAGGCGAGGGACGACAGGUUGCGCAGAGGGAUCGAUCGUUUGAUGACGGCCCUGCCGGUGCAGGAAAUUAAAUGUACCCAGUCGCACCGCUUGACCCAGUCAUCUCGGAGCUGCGACGAGGAAUACUUUAUCAGGAAGUUGUGCGCGAGAAGAAGCGUCACUGCCCCUGCUGAGAUCGACAAGUCCGAUGCUGGGAUGUACAAUGUAGAGGAGCAGUCCAGGGAUGUAGUGGUAAAGCUGGAGGCACUUUAG